ACAACAGAGCUAAUAGAUGACUGAUGAGAAAAGCUCUAUUAGCCAUAACCGAAAACUCGACUACGUUGCUCAAUUUAAACCGGAGACUAACCGGUCUCACUCGUUCCGGAGAGAACAGAAACGCUCUCAAGCUUUUCGCCGAUGUUCACCGUUGCACAUCUCUGCGACCAGACCAGUACAGUGUUUCGUUAGCUAUUACUGCAGCUGGGCACCUCCGUGAUACCAUCUUUGGUGGUCAGGUUCAUUGCUAUGCGAUUCGCUCUGGUUUAUUGUGUCACUCUCACGUCUCCAAUACGCUUCUUUCGUUAUAUGCGAGAUUAGGGAACUUAGCUUCGUUGAAGAAGAAGUUCGAAGAGAUUAUUGAACCUGAUGUUUAUUCAUGGACGACGCUUUUGAGUGCAAGUUUUAAGCUUGGAGAUAUAGAGUAUGCCUUUGAGGUGUUUGAUAAAAUGCCUGAGAGAGAUGAUGUUGCGGUUUGGAAUGCUAUGAUCACUGGUUGCAAAGAGAGUGGGUAUCACGGAACGAGUAUUGAGUUGUUUCGUGAAAUGCACAAGCUUGGUGUUCGACAUGAUAAGUUUGGCUUUGCUACUGUUUUGAGUAUGUGUUACUAUGGUUCUUUGGAUUUUGGUAAGCAGGUGCAUUCGCUGGUUAUAAAAGCUGGAUUUUUUGUUGCAUCAUCUGUUGUGAAUGCACUGAUUACAAUGUAUUUUAAUUGCCAAGUGGUUGUUGAUGCUCGUCUGGUGUUUGAAGAAGCUGAUGUUGUUGUUCGUGAUCAGGUCACUUUUAAUGUGGUUAUUGAUGGUUUGGCUGGUUUCAAAAGAGAAGAGUCUUUGUUGGUGUUUAGAAAAAUGCUCGAAGCUGGUCUUAGACCAACCGAUCUGACCUUUGUUAGUGUUAUGGGUUCAUGUUCAUGUGAGACUAUGGGACACCAAGUACAUGGACUAUCCAUCAAGACAGGGUAUGAAGAGUAUACUUUGGUUAGCAAUUCCACUAUGACAAUGUAUUCUUCUUUUGAGGAUUUUGGUGCGGCUCUUAAGGUUUUUGAGUCAUUGGAAGAGAAAGAUUUGGUUACUUGGAAUACAAUGAUUUCUGGUUAUAACCAAGCGAACUUGGGGCAGUCUGCGUUGUUGUUAUACAAGCGAAUGCAUGGAAUAGGAGUUAAACCGGAUGAGUUUACUUUCGGAAGUCUUUUAGCAAGCUCUCUGGAUUUGGAUGCCCUGGAGAUGGUUCAAGCGUGUGUAAUCAAAUUCGGGCUUAGUUCAAAGAUCGAAAUUUCGAAUGCACUGAUAUCUGCCUAUUCGAAGCAGGGAAAGAUAGCAAAGGCGGACCUAAUAUUCGAAAGUUCGCCGAAGAAGAAUCUAAUCUCAUGGAAUGCGAUAAUCUCGGGGUUUUACCAUAAUGGGUUUUCCUUUGAAGGUUUGGAAAGAUUCUCUUGCUUGCUAGAAUCAGAGGUCCUAAUCAUACCUGAUGCUUAUACUCUUAGCAUUCUUUUGAGCAUUUGCGUAGAUAUUUCGUCUUUGAUGCUCGGAAAGCAGACUCACGCUUACGCCCUCAGACACGGACAAUUCAAGGAGACAUUGAUUGGUAAUGCCUUUAUAAACAUGUACUCUCAAUGCGGGACUCUACAAAAAUCUCUUGCUGUGUUCCAUCAGAUGUCUGAAAAGGACACUGUGUCAUGGAAUUCUCUAAUCUCUGCAUAUGCAAGGCAUGGGGAAGGAGAGACCGCGGUUACUACCUACAAGACGAUGCAAGAUGAAGGAAAGGUUGAUCCCGAUGCAGCCACAUUCUCAGCGGUUCUCUCUGCUUGCAGCCACGCCGGUUUAGUCAAAGAGGGACUCGAGAUUUUCAACUCAAUGGUGGAAAUUCACGGUGUGAUAAAAAAUGUGGAUCACUUUUCAUGCUUAGUUGACCUUCUUGGUCGAGCGGGUCACCUCGAUGAAGCAGAAAGCUUGGUGAAGAUCAGCGAGAAGACCAUUGGGUCUCGGGUAGAUGUGUGGUGGGCUUUGUUUAGUGCUUGUGCUGCUCAUGGAGAUUUGAAGCUAGGGAAGAUGGUUGCGAGGUUACUAAUGGAGAAAGAAAAGAAUGACCCAUCAGUUUAUGUUCAACUGUCGAAUAUUUACGCAGGAGCUGGUUUGUGGAAAGAAGCAGAAGAGACGAGGGAAGCCAUGAACAUGAUUGGAGCUAUGAAACAACGAGGUUGCAGCUGGAUGAGAUUGUAAUAACGGUCGAUACAGUUUGUUAAAUUGAAUUAUGUAUAUUUGUUCAUUUGUUUUUUGAUGGAGGAAAGUGAAACUCUUUAGAAUAGACAAAUUGUAACAAAAAUGCAGAGAGUAUUUUUAUGAAAAAAGUGAAACUAUUGUAGGAGAUAAGAAAGAUAUUCAAAAUUU